UUGUUUGAUUUAUUAUCAGUGUGUGAGAGGCCAGAGAUUAUCGCUGUGGGUACACACUUUGUUGGCGUCCGGGCAAAGUUUACUGUUUCAGGCUUUAAUGGCCGCAACGGAAAAUCAUUAUGGAAAAGUCGAGAUCACCCCCCAAUUGAAUUAACGGCUUGACAGGCUCCCUGUUCCGUUACCGCUGUCAGCAAGGAUGGCGUCUGUCUUGCUGCUCUGGCUGGCCGUGUGCCUCAGUGGGACAUGGGCUGUGGACAAGGGCAACUUCAAGACCUGUGACCAGAGUGCCUUCUGCAAGCGUCAGCGAGCUCUGAAGCCAGGGGAGUCUCCCUAUCGAGCCCUGCUGGAGACCAUGGAGCUGACCAACACCAGACUCACCUUACAGCUCAUCAAUGACAACAACAAGGUGCGUCUGCUGCUCGAGCUCUACCGUCUCCAGGGAAACAUAACGAGGGUGAAGAUUAACGAGCUGAAGCCCCUGAAGCCGCGCUACGAGGUCCCAGAUGUGCUCAUCAGGGAGCCACCCACUGAGCCCCUGUCUCUGUUGUCUCAGGACGAGAACGGAGUUGUGCUGUCCCUGGGAGCGGAGUCUCAGAGGGUCAUCGUCAGCGCCCGGCCAUUCCGGCUCGACAUCAUGGAAGGGCGAGACGUGUUGAUGUCGCUGAACUCUCGCGGCCUGCUGGCCUUCGAGCACCUGAGGAUGCGCAAGGACACUUUCUCCUAUAAAGUAACUAGCACAGUGGCUAGCGUGUGGGAUAAUAUCAAGAGGGUAUUCUCUAGUCAGGCAGACCCAGAGGGCGAGAAGAAAGAGGAGGCUGAUCCGGCAAACCAGGCCGAGACAGCAAAGGAAGAGGAAGAGAAAGUAGAAGACGGGAUGUGGGAGGAAUCGUUUAAAUCGCAUGCAGAUAGUAAACCUAGUGGUCCUUCUGCAGUUAGUUUAGACUUUUCGUUGCCAGGGGUUGAGCACGUCUACGGCAUCCCAGAACACGCAGACACCCUCAGACUCAAAACAACAGAUAAUGGUGAUCCGUAUCGGCUCUACAACCUGGAUGUCUUCCAGUAUGAGCUUUAUAACCCCAUGGCCCUUUACGGUGCUGUCCCUGUCAUGUUGGCCCACAACGCCCAGCGGACCACAGGCAUCUUCUGGCUCAAUGCGGCUGAGACCUGGGUGGAUAUCAGCUCCAACACAGCUGGAAAGACUGUGUUUGGGAAAAUGCUGGAUUACGUGCAGGGCUCCAGUGAGACGCCGCAGACGGAUGUGCGUUGGAUCUCUGAAAGUGGCAUCAUCGAUGUCUUCAUUAUGCUUGGACCAACACCCAAAGACAUCUUCUCUCAGUAUGCCUCCCUCACAGGCACCCAGUCGUUCCCUCCCCUCUCUGCUCUGGGCUACCAUCAGUGCCGCUGGAACUACAACGACCAGAAGGACGUGCAGGAGGUGGACGCAGGCUUUGACGAGCACGACAUCCCCUAUGACUUCAUCUGGCUCGACAUCGAGCACACUGACGGGAAGCGCUACUUCACCUGGGAUCCACACAAGUUUGCAUCCCCAAAGGAGAUGCUGCAGGGUCUGGUGGACAAGAAACGCAAGAUGGUUGCCAUUGUGGACCCUCAUAUCAAAGUUGACAGCAACUACAAGAUCCACAAUGAAAUCCGCUCUCGGGGUUUUUAUAUCAAGAAUAAAGAUGGGGGAGACUACGAGGGCUGGUGUUGGCCUGGUAGUGCCGGCUAUCCAGAUUUCACCCGUGCAGACAUGAGGGCCUGGUGGGCCAGCAUGUUCGCCUACGAUCAGUAUGAGGGUUCCAUGGAGAACCUCUAUACGUGGAACGACAUGAAUGAGCCAUCAGUCUUUAAUGGGCCAGAGGUCACCAUGCACAAGGACGCCAUGCACGGAGCCUGGGAGCACCGUGAUGUCCACAACCUGUAUGGCUUCUAUGUGCAAAUGGCCACAGCGGAGGGUUUGAUCCAGAGGUCAGGAGGAGUCGAGCGACCAUUUGUCCUGACCAGAGCCUUCUUUGCUGGGUCACAGCGCUAUGGUGCUGUGUGGACCGGCGAUAACGCUGCUGAGUGGGACCAUCUGAAAAUCUCCAUCCCCAUGUGUCUGAGCCUGGGCCUGGUCGGAAUCUCCUUCUGUGGUGCUGACGUUGGUGGAUUCUUCAAGUCUCCCAGCUCUGAGCUGCUGGUGCGUUGGUACCAGACGGGGGCGUACCAGCCCUUCUUCAGGGCCCACGCUCACCUGGACACACCCCGCCGUGAGCCCUGGCUGUUUGGUCCUGAAAACACAGCGCUGAUCCGUGAGGUGGUGCGCCAGCGCUACACCCUCCUGCCCUACUGGUACCAGCAGUUCUACCAAGCACACCAGACUGGACAGCCCAUCAUGAGACCUCUGUGGGUGGAGUAUCCUCAGGAUCCUGCUACUUUUGCUAUUGACGAUGAAUUCUUGAUUGGGAGAGACUUGUUGGUGCACCCGGUUACUGAGGAGGGAGCCAGGGGAGUCACCGCCUACCUGCCUGGCAAAGACGAGCUUUGGUUUGACGUCCACACCUUCCAGAAACACAAUGGGGCCCAGAACCUUUACAUUCCUGUCACCAUGAGCUCUAUCCCUGUGUUCCAGCGCGGCGGCUCCAUUAUUCCCAGGAAGCUACGAGUUCGCAGGUCUUCCACCUGCAUGGAGCACGAUCCCUACACUCUAUAUGUGGCUCUUAACCCCCAGAGAACUGCAGAGGGCGAGCUCUACAUAGAUGACGGUCACACCUUCAACUAUGAAAAGAAGGAGUUCAUCCUCAGGAAGCUUUCCUUCGCCAAAAACAUCCUCUCCUCUGUUAACAUCGCUCCGGAUGCCCAGUUUUCUACCCGCUCCUGGAUCGAACGCAUUAUCAUACUGGGAGCCAGUAAGCCCAGCAAGGUUACCCUCAAGACUGCUGGUGGUCAGGAGAGCCAGGUAGAGUUUGAAUUCGACGCCUCAAUGUCGGUGUUGACGCUCCGCAAGCCCGGCAUGAAUGCCGGGGUAGACUGGUCUGUGACGCUUCAGUAACCAUGGAGACGGGUGACAAUGAGGAGGAGCAGGAGGAGAAAAUGACUGAACCGGACUGAACAGAGAGAGCGAGAAAGAAGCGCUGAUACCUACGACUAACUAAAGCAAAGACAACAGGACAGCCACCGUGGAGGGGAAAAAAAGAACAUAAACGCAUCAAAACACACAAACAUGCAUAAACCCAUGUAGACCUGUUAGUCCAACUGAGCCACCUAACGUCUCUGUCAUGUCCCUCUUGUGUUCAGUCACACUGUAAAAACCUAACAAGAAUGGUUACUGCUAGAUAGAUAAUUAUGUUCGUCAGGUUCUUCGGAUAGAUGGCAACUGAGCAACUCGAAUCAUGUCAUUGUAAUGAAUCCGUGGGGUUGAGAAGAAAACAUUCAGACACUCUUUUGUUUUGUUUUUUAAUCAUCCAUCCUGUCUCCCUCUGAAGAAAGAUCACUGUGAUUUUGAAAUGAAGGUUCACAUUCAGAGCACAUGCUCCACCUGCUGGUGAUUCCCUUGAUCUGUUUCUGAUUCAAAAAUAAAUCAUUCCAUCCCUUCUAUAAGCAAAAGCACUUAAAUCAGCAACGAGCUCGACCGUCUUUACUUCUGCCACAUUUGAUUAUAUUUGGGGAUAGCUUGCCAACAAUCAAUUCAUCCCUGCAGCUCUGCCACAAAAUGUAAAGAAAUUGCCAGGGCACGUUAAUUCUUUAGCCUCUGCCGGAGAACGUCAGUGAUGAGUUUGAUUCAUUAUCAUUGUUUGACAGUGGGAGCGAUCAGGUCGGUUAACUGCUGCACCGAGAGGGGAUUUUCAGCUGUUCUUUGGAAGAAACUUGGGGAAUCGCUUCAGGGGACUAAACCACUGGUGUUUGUGGAUCAUCCUGUCGAUGUGCGUUCUUUCUUUUAUCGAGUCCUUUUUCUCAGCGUUGUUUACUAGAUUAUUUUUAAUGCACUUGAGGAAGUGUGACAACUUACAAGAUGUUUAGAUUUUCAUGUGUUAAUUAGAUGUCGGGACUGUCGGGACUGUCGGGACUCCAGAAUGUCAUUUGCAGCUUAACGAACAGGUCGGAUUGAAUUCUUGAAAGGUUUUUCACUAGCAGAUAUCCAUUGUGCUGGUUUUCUAUGAAAGUAAAUCCUUAACGCCGAGCAGUCGUGAACUGUCAGAUGAUUCUCUGGAGACUGUAGUCCUGUCAAGUCAAAUCAUUGGGCCUUUUAGGAGUUUUGAUGUUCUAUGAGUUUGUCUUCUUGAUUGUUUUUAUGAUUAUAAAUGUACAUGUUGCUUCAGUUUUGUUGGUGAUGGCUUGAACUGGUGGAAAACGGAAGUGAAGGAAAAAGACUUAAGCUGUCAAAGUUAUCAGAUGUACUACUAAAAGAUGAGACCAAGUGAAAAUAAAGUUGACCAAAUGUGAGA